UUUUUAUUUGACUAUUUAGGGACUGGCAUGGCAUAUGCAUUUGUUGAUUAUGAUGAUAGACGAGAUGCAGAGGAUGCCAUAAAAUAUGAAAAUGGUAGAGAAAUUCGAGGCCAGAGCAUUGUUGUGGAAUGGGCUAGAGGGCCAUCCUAUCGCUCAGGGGGUGGCUCUAAUUAUCAGCGAAGUUCAAGUUACAGAAGAGAGAGCUAUGGACGAUCAUCACGUCAGAAUAGUGAAGAAUGUUAUCGCUGUAGACGGACAGGACAUUGGGCUCGUGAUUGUCCUGAAUUGGAAAGAGAUAGAUACUAUCCUCGUUCUAGACAUCGUUCUCGUACAAGAUCCAGGUCAAGAUCACAUCGUCGCAAGAGGAGUAUCUCGCAUAGUCGGUCUAGGAGUCAUGAUCGUCACAGAAGGAGUUCUUCCGGCUAUCGCCAUAAAAGUAGAAGUGUAAGCAGAGAUAAAAGAGUAAAAGCAAGGUCACCCAGCCGAUCUGUAACACCAUCCAAAUCAGUUUCUCGCUCACGAUCAAGGUCUCAUGGGAAAAGUCGGAGAAAAUCUGAAAAGUUGUCUAAAAAAUCAAAAUUGCGUGCUCCCAGUAAAUCUCAUUCAAGAAGUCGUACUCCCAGCAAAAGUCCCAGCCGUUCUCCCAGUUUUGCACGAAAAGACAGCAGAUCUCCACCUAAAAGUCCAGAAAAUGAUGAUUAUGAUGAUAAGCACAACAAUAUUGAGAAUAAUGCAAAGAGCAGAAGUGCAAGUCGCAGCCCUCGAAAGAGUAGUAGCCGCAGCCCAAGUAAAGAAAACAACAGAAGUGAUGCGAGUGAUCGCAGCAUUAGUAGAAGCAAGUCUCGUUAAAUAUAUCAUUCGUUUCAUAUGUCAAUUCAUUUUUUCCCUGCAACCAUAUGUCGUGUGUAUUCUUUAGGAAGUCUUCAACUUUACUGUAAAUUUCAAGCAGCAUUAUAUCAUGUAGUUAUCUAGUUUAUCCAUCAUUCGUGUUUGUAACCUCAUGUUUAUAUUUUUGCUUUUUUCAUAUGUGCAUUCUGAUAUAAUAAAUAUAAAUUAAAGCAAAAUCAGUAUUUUUUUUUCUGUGAUCAAAUUUCUAACCUGGAGCUUCAUACCCAGGCAGUUGUUUAAUGUAAGGUGUGUUUUCAAAUGCUGUAAAGAAUAAUAAAAUUAAUUUUUCUGCAAUUAAA